CAAAUUAAAUAUUUAUUUUUUAUUUUUUAUAUUAUACUGAAAAUUAAUUUUACAUUAAAACAUCACAUCAAUUUGUAUUUAUAUCACAUUAUACAACUAUUCAAAUUCAAAAUUUUUAUUAUUCAAAUCCCAAUCUAAAAUCCAAAUCCUCAAACAAACACACCCUUAUUUUAUUUUUUUACUAAAUUGAAUUAUUUCUACGUAACAAAAUUUGUCCCACGAGUAUUGGAUUUGGGUAAUAGAAGUGCCAAAAUGGAAUACUCAUAUUAAGGGCUUGAAAAUAUAUGAAAGAUUCUAUUUUUGCGUGAGAGAUAUUUCUAGAAAGCGGAGAGUGAAAGGACCGAGACAUUUAUAAGUACAUUUAUCUGUUGUAGACGCUCAAUAUCCUGCAGCGCUAAAAUUAGUAGUUAGGAAAUUCUGCUGGUAUCAGAGGAGUUUCGAUUAUUGGGGCAUUUUCAGGCCAUUGUAUUUCGCCGGAUUUGGUGAGAGGGUUUCUUUGGCUAGAUUCCGUUACUCGCCGCAUUCUCGUGUAUUGCUGAUAUGCAGAGUCAAAUAUUUUGUAGCGGGUGCAGGACGCUCCUCCUUCGUCCUAGCGGACCUGCUAACAUUUGCUGCGUGCUAUGCAAUGUAAUGACUCAUGUGCCUCCCGCACUGGCAGAGGUAGAAGUGACUCAAUCGAUAUGCGGUGGUUGCCAUAUGAUCAUAGCGCAUACCCCGGGUGAGACCAUUGUCCGAUGCUCCUGUUGCCAGACGUUAAAUUUUGUGCAAGCCCCCUCAGCUCCGGCACCUAAUAAUGUUGGCCAUAUCAACUGUCCAAGCUGCCAUACAAUGCUGAUAUAUCCAGCUGGAGUUCCAUUUGUUAAAUGUGCCGUUUGCAGCUUCAUCACAAAUAUUGUCGAUAGUAUGCUCCCUACGCCUUUGAAUGCCCCAGCUGGAGGUACUAUGCAUUCAUCGAUGCCUUCUACUUCAUCGGGGAGUGGCUAUUAUGAGAGCCAUACAGUUGUUGUUCAGAACCCAACCACUGUUGAUGAGAACGGCAAUCUGGUGAGAAAUGUCGUUGUUGGAGUACAGCAUAGUAACAUGGAGGAAUGGGUACAACAAUAGUCCUUUCUGGUAUUAUUUAUUAGCUCUUUUUUAGUUCCUUUGACAGUGUACAGAUGCAUGAUACUACAUUUUUUUAGCAGUCUUUGUAGUGGCCGAUUAAGGGUUUCUUUUGUUGUUGUUGUAACAUUUUAAAAGAACAAGUUAUUUAUAAGCUCAAUUUCUUUAGUAAAGAACAUCAGGGAGAUUUGGGCACUUUCGGGCUCUUGAUUAAGAAAACAAACAUAUAUAUAUA